AUGAUUGCUUUGGACAUUAUCAAAAUCUCAUCUUCAUUAACUUUGCUUUCUUUUGCCUUCAUACAGGCUAAUGGACAUGGUACUGUGGUUAUUUCACCGAACACAGUUAAGUGUCUCUCCAAACUUCCGGACAUCUCAUUUUUUUCGUAUCCUGAACUCAUUUCAAAAUUCGAACAUACUUCCAGUGGCUCAGAUGCUGUCUCAUCCUUCUUGCAGCAAGAGGAAUCUGAGCCCACACACUGCUCUUCAACUCUAGCAUCAGGCCGUGCUCAUCCUCUAUCAGUCUUUGCAAGUCUUCUCAAUACUGUGGUUGGUGAUGCGUUGGCUGAUAUACUUUUAAUUGAGUAUCUUCUGGCUCUUCGGUUUCUUCAAACAGAGGACCCAAGAACUGGUGACGAAAAUAAAGAAUAUUGCCAAUUGUCUGCCUGGCUUGCAGCUGGGGGGGAUUACACAGAACUACCAUCGUUUCAGAUUAAAGUGGCUUUACCCGAGCCAGGCCGAAUACUCACAGAAGAUGCAGAGCGUCGCGUAAAUAGCCCUUCAGCCUUGCAGGUUAGCGUUAUUUAA